UUGCCUGUACUAUAAAUUAUACAGGCAUGUCUAAUAAAACGUGAUUUCACAAAAAAAAACUCCUCAAAACAACAAUUUUAUGUUUGAGCACAAAAAUCAGCUGUUUUAACGUGCGGUUUUCCGCUUUGCUAAUGCUCAGAGAAUGUACCUUAAUGUGAAGCUUAAUCUUUCUCCCACCGAAGGUUGAUGCAUUUCCUUAUCCACGGUCUACCGUACUGUGAGUGUUACUUUAUAGCUGGUGCUUGCUUGUUCUUCAUAUGCAAUGGUAGUACAAACGAUGAGAAUGUACGGAUCAUUUUCCCCAACUUUUGCGUGCUCAGUGCAAUUCUUACCGCUCGUGGCGAGUUGCGAGAGUUUGCUACUGCCGAGCGUUUCGUGUGUAAUACAAAAGUUCAGUUUUCGUUUGAGCCGCUUACAAAACGGAUGCGUUUCACAAUUUUCCAACUUUCUGUUGCGCGAAUACGCAAAGUGUUUUGUGUCGCGGCAGUGCGUGAUGAUGACAUCGAUCUCUACUAAUCAAGUGUAAAGUGGUUAAUGGCAAGCGUAGCUGGUGCUGGAAUUUUCAUACCACGAUAGACCAAAGCCGCACUUGUUAGCUUUUCCCACCUUGCUGGCAAAUCUUCAUUACCGAGAGAAAGAGCGUAAUGAAACGACCCGAACCGAACCGGACCCGAACAGCCACAGAUGGCGGCACAGUGGCCCUAAACAUCGCUCGCGAUCGCAAAAAGACACGAACAUAUACGCUGGCAGUUCCCUUUCUGCUCGCCAGUCAUUCGCACGCAUUUUACUGACCGGACACACCAUAAGGCGACUGCGUUUUUAGUGCAAUCCAGUGCAGGAAAGACCAACCGAAGAUAAGGAGUGUAGUGGAAGAUUUACUUACUGUACAUACUUGUGCACUAGUGAGCCGUGAGUCGAUGAAAGAAAGUGCAAUAACACGAUUAACGGUGGUGCGAACUGUGGUUGUUUGAUAGUGAAAUUGUGGCAAAACGGCAAAUGCAGCUAAUGCACGAAAGUAAGUGUUUUGUAGUGGAAUGAAGUACGAGCAUACUGUAAGAGAAGAAAAAAUAAAUGCAGUGUAAAUGAUUCAAUCUGCUGCUGCAAAAAAAAGAAACAACGGUUUGCAUCUAUUGCAACCAAAUUGCAGCACUCAAGGAAGUCGCAAUGUAAUGUGAAAUGUGAGUGUUAGCAAGUUUCUUACCGCAUUUUUGCAAGCUGCCCAGCUUCACGAUCGUGUCAGUGAGGUAAGGGCAUGGUGUUUGAUGCAUUGAAUUACUAAAGUCCAAAGGGAGUUUCUUAUGUGGUUUUACAUAAAUUCCUACAAUUGUGUAAAUCAUCAGUUCAAUAAGUAUUAAUAUUACCUGCCAAAAAGAUGAAGCAUUAUUGUACUAAACGUAAUUGAUCGUGUGAUGUAGUAAGUGAAAACAAAACGCAUGUAUAAAGUGAUAGUGUGAGUGAGCUACAAAUAAUUAACCAACAUAAUAUAAUAUGCAACAAAGUGAAUGAUAAAUUGAUCUGUGGCUUUUUAAAAAUGGAAAAAGUUUAAUAGUGUACAGUGGCUAAAAAAACGUAAAAAAGCAACAAUCAUUAAGCUAUUUAUUAAAUCCGUAAACCGGAUCAGUCACACGACGGGGGUUUUGAUUUGUGCUCCCCAAAAAAAGGGAACACAUUCGCACUAAAGAAAUAAAUCGUAAAAGCUACAGCUGCAAAACUCACGCCAAAAGAAGAACAAAAAAACACACACAACACCACACCUCACAUCUGAUGACGAUAUCACUGCAGGCACGGCUGCUUAAAUAACGUUCUUUCCAACGAUGGAACUGCUUGUAUCGCCGGAUGCUGCCCGCAACAUUGCUGCGGGUGUGCUGGAUCAGGAAAGUUACGACCACCAGUGCCAUCAGGGUGGUAUUGUUAAUCCGGCCGCAACGAUUGAUCUUGACCAGGAGCAGGUUGAGCAUGGUGCCGUAAUUAGUGACAUUGCUAAAAUACCGCGUGUCCCGGGAGAUGGUGCUCAAGCACCAGACGACGACAAUGGCGAUGACAGGGUACGACCCACACCACCUUCUUCCGUGGUGCCACGUGGUGUCACGACAACCACCGACCGAAACGAUCGAUUGCGAACACUUUCGCUUGCGGGAUGUGAACCAGAAGCUAACGGUGACCUGCCUAAGGUUGAUCCGAAUCGAACUGAUGAUCCCGGGGGCAAUUUGGAAAGGGCUGACAAUGAAAAACCACAACCGAACGGAGUAAUGUCACCGUCAUUCACCAUCCAGCAGUGCGGCGGUACCGACGUCCAGGAGAGCAACAAAGGUGGCGAUCCAUUACCACCACCACCGCCGGGCGGAGGAGAACUACCAGGCCUUGGAACAAAUCCUACCAGUACCCACAAUCCACCGCACACCAACAACACCUACUCGGCGUUCAAGCGCGGCAACGUGGUUAAGGGCAUACUGUGCCCAUCCAUGACGAACUCGUUCCGUGCACCGUCCCUCGAACGAUCCUAUCUGACCUAUUCGCACCGCCAGCGCCAGAAGUCGCUGAUCCUGGUGAACGUGGUAGACCUGGUGCUGAAGGUGGUGCUGGCCUCGGUCUGGAUUGGCUUCAACAGUGGCAUGACAAUCAAGCCGCACGAGGUAACCUGGUCCGUGUGCUGUAUCAUUUCGAACUUUCUGAUCUGCGUGCUCGGGAGCUGGCGUCUGUUCGCUAACAACUAUCUGCAUUGGGCGGCCGUCUGCACCUGGCUGCUGCUGAAUCUGCAGGGAUUCCUCGGCGAAGGGUUGGGCUUUGCCGAGCGCGAAUAUUUGAUCUGGUACGUGCUGUUCAUUAUCUUUGUGCCGUACGCGAUGCUACCGUUGCCGCUCAAGUGGUGCAUGAUUGCCGGCUCGAUGACUGCCAUUUGCCAUUUGGUAGUGACAUCGCUUAACAAAUUUCUGCACGACAAGGAUCCGAGCUGCAUCGUACGACAGAUGAUUGCCAAUCUGUUGCUAUACCUAGCCAUCAACUUUGCCGGCAUGUACACUAAAUAUCUGACCGACCGCGGGCAGCGGUUAGCCUUCAUCGAAACUCACAAGGCUAUGGAGCACAAGCGCGAAUCAGAGAAGGAGUACCAGCGUACGCAACGAUUGCUCGACUCAAUUUUGCCAAUGUUCGUCAACAAUGACAUACGGAAGGAAAUGUACAAAUCGCCCGAACAGGCACAGGUUGAUACGCAAUUUAAAAAGCUGUACAUUUACCAUAUGGACAACGUGAGCAUACUGUUUGCGGACAUUAAGGGCUUUACUGAGUUGGCGAGCAAAACGUCCGCGCAGCAGUUGGUAAAGAUAUUGAACGAUCUGUUUGCACGGUUUGAUAAAAUUGCUGAGGAUAACCACUGUUUGCGCAUUAAAUUGCUCGGAGACUGUUACUACUGUGUGUCCAUGUUCGACAGUCAAAGCUGGAAAAGCCGUCCCGAUCAUGCGGUGUGUAGUGUCGAAACUGGUCUUCAUAUGAUUAAAGCCAUUAAAGAUGUCCGGUGUCAGACGAACGUGGAUCUGGAUAUGCGUAUCGGAAUCCAUAGUGGAUCGGUAAUGUGUGGAGUAUUGGGCGAAAAGAAAUGGCACUUCGACGUGUGGUCGAACGAUGUGGUCAUAGCGAAUCACAUGGAAUCGGGCGGUGUCCCGGGCAGGGUACACAUCUCUGAAGCUACGCUGAAGUGUCUCAACGACACGUAUGAGGUCGAACCGGGCAAUGGAGGAAGCCGAGACAGCCAUCUAAAGAUGAUGAACAUCAAAACCUUUCUCAUCAAGCGAACUGAACCGUUGCGGCCACGUAAACGGCUCAUGGAUCGGCAAAGCACGGUACAGUUUGAGAAGGAAACAGCGGGCCGAACUGGUGAAUCACGCUUCCGGAAGGAUUCGAAAACACCGAGCAUAACUUCGAACAGCACAAACACAACCGGUACGACGGCUACAUGCUCGGGAGCGUCAGCAACGAGCCAUAUCACAGGAAAUGCGGCCCAUCAGCACACGAAUAACAACAACACUAGCAACAAUAACAACAAUCAUAUCACUAAGCGCACAAGCAAAUCGACAAUCCACGAAGAUGAACCGACAACCGAUUGGAUACCGGAGAUUCCGUUCAAGAAUCUGAACGAGUGCGGUGUGAACGCGGCGGAAAGCUUCCGCGACAAGAAACACUCGGAUCGGGAAGAUCCACUAACGUCGACGGAGGAGGUGGACGAGCUGAUCGAUCAGAGCAUACAGAUCAACUCGAACAAGGAGAUCCGCCAGGAGUAUCUGUACACGUGGACGCUCAAGUUCAAGGAUUCGUCCCAGGAGGGUACAUUUUGUCAGCUGCGCGAGGACAUGUUCCGUUCGAACAUGUUGUGUGUGUUUGUCGUAUGGAUCUUUAUCGUACUGUGCCAAGCGGUGAUCAUUCCGCGCUGUACAAUACUGAUCGUUGCCCUGUCGAUCACCACGUUUCUGCUGACGGUCGGUUGCAUUCUCGUAAUGGCGGAAGAGUUCUCCGGAUUGCCAAAGUUUCUUCAGAAAAGCUCCUCAACGCUCGUGCACGAUCGGAGCAGGCGGACGAUUUUUGUCUGCCUCACGAUCAUCCUAAUGUCGAUCGCUAGCUCGAUGGGGUUGAUGAUGUGCGAUCUGGAGGAGGUGGAAAUUACACCGGAUCGUAGUACGGUAAGCCCGAGCUACGCUUACUGGCAGACCGGUGGACAGCUGAAUGUGAACAGUACCACGGUGACAUUCCUACGUCGUGCGCUCGGCGAAUCGAUGGAGCUGAACUUGAUGAAUCGUACCUUUAGUGAGUUAGAUUCGAAUGGCACUGAGACACCGAUGGAACCGCAGAAUGAUGAGUUGCUUGAGGAGGAUGGACAAACACCAAGCCAGCCCGUGAUUCACGCAUCCUGUGUGCAUCCCGAGUACGUUGUGUUUACUUGGGUGCUCUGCCUGAUCUCGCUGGCGACAGCCCUUAAACUGUACUACCUAGUGAAAACAUUCAUGGCCAUUGCAAUGGUGGCUUGCUACUCCUUCCUAAUAUUGCUCGUGUUCGAAAGGGUGUUCGAUUCGUACGAUUUGCAGUACAUACAGGCCAGCGGUAUGCCACUGGCAGGACAGAUGAUGAUCUUGCUCGGCGUUUUCCUAACGAUGGUUACCUAUCACGCACGGUUGGUCGAGGUUACAUCGCGGUUAGAUUUCAUCUGGAAGGAACAGGCCGAAAAAGAACUUUCCAACAUGAAAUCUAAUCGCCAUCUGAAUGAUCUGUUGAUUAAAAACAUUCUCCCGGACCAUGUCGCCACGUACUAUCUGUCCGAGGAGCGUACCGAUGAGCUGUACGCUAAGAUGCAUGAGCUGUGCGGUGUGAUGUUUGCCUCCAUACCGAACUUUAAAGAUUUUUACUCGGAGGACAUUGAGAAUGGGAAGGCAUGCAUACGCAUACUGAACGAGAUCAUAUCGGAUUUCGAUUCGCUGCUCGAGGAGCCACGGUUUGAGAAGGUGGAAAAAAUCAAAACAGUCGGUGCGACCUAUAUGGCUGCAUCGAAUCUCUGCUCGACGAAAAAGCAACACGUUGACGAACAGGACGAGGAAGCCGUAUGUGAUUUGGUAGAAUUUGCCCUAGCCAUGCGUCAGAAGCUGCAGGAAGUGAAUAAGGAUGCAUUCAACACGUUUCAGCUGCGCGUCGGUAUCAGUAGUGGCCCUCUGGUGAGUGGUGUCAUCGGUGCUCGCAAACCGGUGUACGAUAUCUGGGGCAACACGGUAAACGUUGCCUCGCGUAUGGAUUCGACUGGUGAAAAUUGGAAGGUACAGGUACCGGAUUACACUGCCGCAUUGCUUCAAACGAAAGGGUACACCUGUGUGCAACGUGGUGAAGUGAAUGUGAAGGGUAAAGGACUAAUGCUAACCUACUGGGUGCUGGGCAAGAACAUUUCCGCCAGUCAAUUAACGUCUCCUGCCCUAGUGCCUGCCGGUGUCCCACAGGCACAGACUCCAUCUUUACAGCGACAAACGUCCCAGCAUAGUUCGCUAGCAGCGGUCGUGUUCGGCAUGAUGCAAGCAUCCAAACGGAGUAAUAUAAACACGACACCAACCGCAACGCCUUCUCCGAGAACCCGGUUCGGGCGACGGGGAAGCACAUUCAGCUCAGUGAGAUUGAAUCAGAGAGCGCCGUCUAACAAUCCGGUACGCCGCAAUACGACUCGUGUCCGUGGCCGUAGUUACACUAUGAAGCGGUAUCCAACCGUUUCAUCGCCCACGAUGGGUUCGACGAUGCCGGCGGAAGAUUUUGGCAUCAGUCCGCACAUACCAUCCUUUCGCCAAUUGCACCAGGAAGCUCCCAAAUCCCACCAGACAGGCCUGUGAAUGUGUGCCACCGUUCAUCGUAGGUCUUCCCUUUCCUGGACUUCCCGGAAGCAAACUCCCUCUCCCCGUGAUGUCUGUGACGUUCUUAGCCAAAUUUUCUAGUCAACACGAAUGAACAAAGUAUUUUAGCGAGUUAGGAAGUGAACUGUAAACGAGGAUUUUCAGGAUAAAGUGAUUAUAUAGCUAGAACGGUUCAGAAGGACGCAACUAGUGUUUGUGCGUGUGGUUAGAAUAGUUUGAUCAUAUCUCACACGAUCAGACAGGGAUAAGUUCACCUGCAUACAUUAGCAAAUCGAGAACCAGGACUCGUAUUGUGCACAUAAGUGUAUACUGCAAAACCAAUCCAAUCCAGCACACCAUUGGUAUUUAGCAUAAGUAUGUUUGUGGUUCCUUUGCGACUUAAUUUUGAAUCUAAGCUUUUGUCGAGAUAGGUUUGUAACAAAACAAAACAAAAAACGAUGUGGUGUACAACAAAGCUUAGUGUUUUGAAAAGACAUAGCAUAAACAAAUGGCAAAGGACUGUUGUCACGAGCGACCUUAUUUGUAAAGUCCGCAACAAAGAACCGUGUGCAUAUAGCACGGUACAAUGUGCGCAACAAAUCUGUUUUGUUGCUAUUUUCAGUAUUUGUAGCUACGUACUAUUGUAAGGACAAAAAAGCUUAAUACAAACCACGGUAAUUAAUGUCACCGUCCAUAGUCGUUGUUUUGUUUUACGAACUGGAACAAAAAUGUGCAAUAAAAGAAAACCAAAGAAAAAUAAACCAAAACCGUCAUGGAAUAGGAAA